UAAUUAAAAUAAAUAUUUAAAACUUAUAUAUGCAUACAUAUUUAUUUUAUAAAAAAUUGGGCCCGCCCUCUUUUACAAGUCUGGUUCCACCACUGAUAUAAACCUUCACAUCAUCACUGAUUUCAUGUGUUCUUACUAUACUUUCCCAACCACACCCACUCACACACAGACUGUAACCAUGACGGCAGAAAACUCUAAACACUCCAAUGUUCCCAAGUAUCUCCAGAAAGUCAAAUUAACCCAAGAAAACAAGCAGCUCAUUGCCACCUUACCUUGCGAUGUGUUUGGUGAACCUUCAUACACCUUCCAUCAAUAUGAUGGUUUUUGGCAAGCCACAAAAAACUUGCAAGGAAUCCUCAGUAGCAAAAAACACUUCAAAGCUCAUGACUCUAACAUUCUUCUUGUCACCUUACCAAAAUCUGGAACCACUUGGCUCAAAGCCCUAGCCUAUGCGAUACUUAAUCGCAAGAUCUAUUAUCCAACAAAUUCAAAUCUUGAUGAGAAACAGUCUCAUCCUUACCCUCUCCUCACUGCUAACCCUAAUGAUCUUGUACCCUUUUUAGAGAUCAAUCUCUACAUCUAUAAAAACAUCCCCGAUCUGAGCUUGUUCCCGUCACCGAGGCUCUUAGUAAGCCAUAUGCCUUACAUUUCGUUGCCAAAAUCAGUGCAGUUGUCUAUGUAUAAGAUUGUGUACUUGUGUAGAAAUCCUAAUGAUAAGUUCACGUCAACGUGGCACUUCCUCAAGCACCUACUACCACAAGGCCAACAGCCCAGGUUGGUUGAGGAAACAUUUGAGGGCUUCUGCGAAGGAAGAAUUCCUUUUGGCCCAUUUUGGAAUCACAUUUUGGGAUACUACAAGCAGAGUUUGGAAAGGCCAAAUAAGGUAAUGUUUUUGCCGUAUGAAGAGUUGAAGAUUGAGCCAGUAAGGAUUCUGAAGAACUUAGCUGAAUUUAUAAGGCAUGGAUUUACUAAGGAGGAAGAAGAUGGUAAUGUAAUUAAUGAUAUAGUCAAGCUCUGUUGUUUUGAGAAUUUGAGCAACUUGGAAGUGAAUAAGAUUGGAAAAUUGUUGACUGGGGAAGAGAAUAGCAUUUACUUUAGACGUGGAGAUGUUGGAGAUGGAGAGAAUUUUCUCACCUCUGACAUGAUUGAAAAGCUUAAUUUUAUUACUCAAGAGAAGCUGGAGAAAAAUGGCUUGAACUUUCAGAUUCACAAAUCUUGAUUGGAAACCUGAUCGAUCAAAAAUGAUGAGGUGGAUACUUGAAUUUCUUAUCGAUUUUCACUUUCUUCAAUAAAUUACAAUUGUCUGCAGGGUUGUAUAUGUAUGUUUGUGAAGUCUUAGAUGACUUCAUAUGUUAAACUUAUCUUCAUGGAGGAAUAUUCACGAAGCGCAGAAUGUGAAUAUGAAGUAGAAGCAUUGCGAAUUGCGAUGCAAUUGUAUUCCCUCACGCUUAGGUAUUAUAAGUAUCCUCUUGUGAAGUUCUGAGUGUGAGAAUCCUCUAUCUUGCGGGGCUUUUCUUCAAAUAUGUUGAAAUAGAUGCCUGUG